AUGGCGGUGUACGCCUGUAAUCGCAUGCUAAACUUCUCAGGAGAUUCAUCCACUGACAAAUUUAGUAGCUCAAUUUGCUGUUCAGAGGAAACUAAGCACAAGCGAAGAGUGCCAGUGAGAGCUGCACACUGCAAAGGCACAGUUCCAGUGUCCUACCUCCUCCUACUGGGCCAGUCUCCUAACACCACCUUCAGCUAUGAAAUCGUCAGUGGACACAGUCUUGGCACCUACAAGAAGCAAGAGCUUCAGCGAGAGAAGUGGGAGAGAAACAACAACUUGCCAAGCAGAAGCCUUUCUCGGCGUUCCAUCAGCAAGGAGAGAUGGGUGGAGACACUGGUGGUGGCUGACACGAAGAUGAUUGAGUAUCAUGGGAGUGAGAACGUGGAGUCCUACAUCCUCACCAUCAUGAACAUGGUCACUGGGUUGUUUCAUAACCCAAGCAUUGGAAAUGCAAUUCACAUUGUUUUGGUUCGGCUCAUUCUACUUGAAGAGGAAGAGCAAGGGUUGAAAAUAGUUCACCAUGCAGAGAAGACACUGUCCAGUUUCUGCAAAUGGCAGAAGAGCAUUAAUCCUAAGAGUGACCUUAACCCUGUCCAUCAUGAUGUGGCUGUCCUUCUCACCAGAAAAGACAUCUGUUCUGGUGUCAAUCGUCCCUGUGAAACCCUGGGUUUGUCUCACCUGUCAGGAAUGUGCCAGCCUCACCGAAGUUGUAACAUCAAUGAAGACUCUGGGCUCCCUCUGGCUUUCACAAUUGCGCAUGAGCUGGGACACAGCUUUGGCAUCCAGCAUGAUGGCAAAGAAAAUGACUGUGAGCCCAUGGGCAGGCAUCCCUACAUCAUGUCCCAUCAGCUCCAGUAUGAUCCUACCCCACUAACCUGGUCCAAGUGCAGUAAGGAGUACAUCACCCGCUUCUUGGACCGUGGCUGGGGGUUCUGUCUUGAUGAUGUCCCCAAAAAGAAAGGUCUGAAGUCCAAAGUCAUUGCCCCUGGAGUAAUUUAUGAUGUACACCACCAGUGCCAACUCCAGUAUGGCCCCAAUGCUACCUUCUGCCAGGAAGUAGAAAAUGUUUGUCAGACGCUAUGGUGCUCAGUGAAAGGCUUCUGUCGCUCUAAGCUGGAUGCUGCUGCCGACGGGACCCGAUGUGGUGAGAAGAAGUGGUGCAUGGCCGGCAAGUGCAUCACAGUGGGGAAGAAACCAGAGAGCAUCCCUGGAGGCUGGGGCCUCUGGUCACCGUGGUCGCACUGUUCCAGGACCUGUGGGGCUGGAGUGCAGAAUGCAGAGAGGCACUGCAACAACCCUGAACCAAAGUUUGGAGGGAAAUACUGCACUGGAGAAAGAAAACGUUAUCGCCUGUGCAAUGUCCACCCCUGUCGCACAGAUGUACCAACAUUUCGACAGAUGCAGUGCAGUGAAUUUGACACCAUUCCCUACAAGAAUGAAUUCUACCACUGGUUUCCUGUUUUUAAUCAAGCACAUCCUUGUGGGCUCUACUGCCGACCCAUAGAUGGCCAAUUUUCUGAAAAAAUGCUGGAUGCUGUCAUUGAUGGCACCCCUUGCUUUGAAGGUGGCAACAGCAGAAAUGUCUGUAUUAAUGGCAUGUGUAAGAUGGUCGGCUGUGACUAUGAGAUCGAUUCCAAUGCCACAGAGGACCGCUGUGGUGUGUGCCUGGGAGAUGGCUCUGCCUGCCAGACUGUGAGGAAGAUGUUUACACAGAAAGAAGGAUCCGGUUAUGUGGACAUUGGACUCAUUCCCAAAGGAGCAAGGGACAUAAGAGUAAUGGAAAUCAAAGGAGCUGGAAACUUCCUGGCCAUCAGGAGUGAAGACCCUGAGAAACAUUACCUCAAUGGAGGAUUUAUUAUCCAGUGGAAUGGGAACUACAAGUUUGCUGGGACCAUCUUUCAGUAUGACAGGAAAGGGGACCUGGAGAAACUGAUGGCCCCAGGCCCCACCAAUGAGUCACUGUGGCUCCAGCUCCUAUUCCAGGUGACUAACCCUGGUGUCAAGUAUGAGUACAUCAUCCAGAAAGAUCGUCUUGACAACGAUGUGGAGCAGCUGGUGUAUCUCUGGCAGUUUGGCCACUGGACAGAGUGCAGUGUAACAUGUGGGACAGGUAUCCGUCGCCAGACUGCUCAUUGUGUGAAGAAGGGCCAAGGAAUGGUGAAAGCUACAUUCUGUAACCCGGAAACACAGCCUAAUGGGAGACAGAAGAAGUGCUACGAAAAGGACUGUCCACCCAGGUGGUGGGCAGGGGAGUGGGAAGCAUGUUCAACAACAUGUGGGCCCUACGGAGAGAAGAGGCGAACAGUGCUGUGCAUCCAGACCAUGGGCUCUGAUGAGCAAGCUCUCCCAGCUACAGACUGCCAGCACCUGCUGAAGCCCAAGGCCCUCAGUUCCUGUAACAGAGAUGUUCUGUGUCCAUCGGACUGGACGGUGGGCAACUGGAGUGAGUGCUCUGUUUCCUGUGGUGGUGGAGUGAGGAUUCGUAGCAUCACCUGUGCCAAGAACCAUGGUGAACCUUGUGACAAGACAAAGAAACCAAAUAGCCGAGCUCUGUGUGGCCUUCAGCAGUGCCCAUCAAGUCGGAGAGUUCUGAAACCCAACAAACCCACAAUUCCUAGUGGGAAAAAUCUACCAACAUCUGACCAAGACCCUGUAAAGCCCACUCCUCCAUCUUCAUCCCAGCCCACACUGCUGGCUACACCCACAGCGCCUGAGGCUAUGAGCACAAGCACUCAGGCAAUCAGUAGCCCCAAUUCCAUCACAACCUCCAAAGAGAAAAACCUGGAUGGAGGUCUGGAUGGAGAAUGCUGGCAGAAUACAUCAAGCCAAACUGAACAGGACUCCCACUAUCUCAUUUCCACUGGAAGCACUUCUCAGCCCAUCCUUAAUUCCUGGUCUUUGGGUGUUCAACCCAAUGAUGAAAAUGGUUCUAGUUCAGUUACUACUCCUACCUCAGAUGGAGAUAUUGUAGUUACAAGUGGUUUUGACUUGUCAUCUUCCAACAAUGCUAUGACUUGGCAAGCAACUCCAUUCUAUAAUACCUUGAUCAAAGAUCCAGAAAUGGAGAUUCAUAGUGGCUCAGGGGAAGACAGUGAACAGCCUGAGAACAAAGAUGAAAGCAACUCUGUAAUUUGGAGCAAGAUCAGAGUACCUGGAAAGGAUGUUCCAAUGGAAAAAAAUACAGAAAUGCCACUUGGAACCCCUCCAACACUUCAUGAUGGGGAUGAAUCCUUGUGGCAUCCUGUCAGCACAGUGAGGGGAGGAUCACUAGCUAGCCAAAGACCCAGUACCCUUAAAAGUGGAACACCCAGAGCUGAAGGAAUGGUCACUGAAAAGCCAAGUGAUGUCCCAUCCCCUGUUGAAGAAGAGCACUGGCCAACACAAUCAGAAAAGUCAAUAAAUCAUAACCACCUGGGACUUCCAAACAACAAGAAUAAAACACAAGAUUCUGAACCAAUCCUGACUGAAGAAGAUGCAACCAGUCUGAUUGCUGAAGGAUUUUUGCUGAAUGCCUCCAAUUACAAGCAGCUUGCUAAGGACCACCGCCCUGCAUACUGGAUUGUAGGAAACUGGAGUGAGUGCUCCACCACGUGUGGUCUGGGCGCCUACUGGAGAACUGUGGAGUGCAGCACGCAGGUGGACACGGACUGCGCUGCCUUCCAGAGGCCCGACCCCGCCAAGAAAUGCCACCUCCGCCCGUGUGCCGGCUGGAAAGUGGGAAACUGGAGCAAGUGCUCCAGAAACUGCAGUGGGGGCUUUAAGAUCCGAGAGAUUCAGUGUGUGGACAGCUGGGACCAUCACCGAAGCCUGAGGCCAUUUCACUGCCAGUUCCUGGCUGGCCUUCCUCCCCCACUGAGCAUGAGCUGUAAUCCAGAGCCCUGUGAAGAGUGGCAGGUGGAGCCCUGGAGCCAGUGCUCCAGGUCCUGUGGAGGUGGAGUUCAGGAGAGAGGGGUAUCUUGUCCAGGAGGACCGUGUGACUGGAUGAAACGACCCCCAUCCACCAUGCCCUGCAAUAAGCAUGUUUGCUGUCACUGGGCCACUGGGAACUGGGACUUGUGCACCAUGUCCUGUGGAGGUGGACUUCAGAAGAGGACUGUCCAGUGUGUCCCCUCGCAGAACAACACAGCUGAAGACCAAGAUCACUGCCUGUGUGAUCAUGAACCCAGACCAGCAGAAUUCCAAAACUGCAACCAGCAAGCCUGCAAAAAGAGUGCUGAUUUACACUGCACCAAGGACAGACUGUCAGCCAAUUUCUGUCAGACCCUAAAGGCUAUGAAGAAAUGUUCCACGCCCACUGUGAAGGCCCAGUGCUGUUUUUCAUGUCCUCAGACACACAUUGUCCACACCCAAAGGCAAAGAAGGCAACAGUUGUUCAAAAACCCCCAAGCACUGUAAGUCCGGAAGGAAGCCACCCUCACCAUGCCCUGCAGCAGCCUGCUGACCCUGACGUGCUUUAGCCCUGAAAGCCAUUUCACCAAAAGUUUUACUUCACAUGUUUCAGGUCUAAACAAACUCUAUUGUGUUCCUCUAGCCACAAACUGUUCCUCACAGGAGACCUGGGACUGUCGUCCUUGAUGCUCCCUGAUUAUAAGGUGAAAUAUGCAGCAGAAUCCCACAUCAGCAGGGGAUCAGCUCCGGGAAAGGUGCCAGAUUAGGCAGGUCUGUGAAAUGAUGUCUUCUUUCCUCCUUAAAGAUAAAAACAAGGAGAUCUGACUUUUCCCAGACUACCUCAAGAGUUUCAGGAAACAGAGCCUUAAUUACCCAGGGAACAAAUAAUCUUUUUAAUUUACCUUGGUGAUGCAUCCUUUCCCACCUGCCUGGGGCAGCUGCUGUUUCAAAUGUCAUGGGAUAGUUUUAGAAACAUUCAUUUAAUUCAACCAGGCAGAGGACAGAUUUCCUCACUCCAAAUUCCAUAAGGGUAGGAAGAGAAAGUGCUCUCAUUGUACUGCCUUGGUCCCUGCAGGACUCCACAGGGCCUUGUUUGCAUGAAAUUUCAUAUGUAUGAUCAGGCUUGUAGCCCUGAACCUCUAGAGCAGUGGGAGCAAAACUUUUACAGAGGCGUGCCUAAACUGCAAGCAAAACUCACGUAUUUACCACAAAGUGCCAACACUGCAACUGAAGCUGAGUACGGAAGUUUAGUUCAGAAAAAACAGCUCAUACAUUAAUGUCUUAAAAGAAAAAAAUCACGUGCCGUGCCAUGGGUUCAUCACCACAGCUCUAGAGUCAAAACUAAGAGAAUGCAGACAUGCCUAAGACAUCUGGGUUAGUUACACAGAAAACAUUUCAAAAGCCCCAAAGGAUAAUUUCUAUACAAAAUGUUAAAUAGCAAGUGAACAGAAAUCCAAUUUCUAGCUUGCAUAACAAAAGAAAUGUGGGCCUUUAUCUUUUCCACUCUCUUCACACAUACUUAUUCCUUCAAGAAUAAAUGAGUUUUCCUGCCUUGCGUUCUCUCUCCAGCCAAGCCCUUGCCUGAGAUGUGAGCUCAGCUCCCAUUGUCAUCUUGAGGCAGGAAGCUCUGUACACCAGGGUGCAUAAGCAGGGCCAUGGCUGCCACUUGUCCCUACCUCCCCCAGAGUGGAAAAUGGAGCCCCGGAUUAAACUCUUAAAAAGCAGGUAAACUGUACUAGGUCGUACAAGUACUUCAUAUAGACUUAUAGUCUAAAGAGAGAGAGGGGAAAAAAACUUUAAAAAGUGAGAUAAAAAUUAGUUAUGGUGGUGCAUGCCUGUAAUCAUAGCAUUCAGGAGACUGCAACAGGAGAAUUGUAAGUUCAAGGCUGGCCUGGACUAGAAAGCAACACCCUGACUCCAAGAAUCAAAAAAGUGAUUUAAUGAUUGUCUACUCCUCAGUGUUCCCAUUAGUUACAUUUGAAGAUCUUUUACAACUGGAGCUGUGCCUCAGUAGUACUGUGCAUGGAUAGCAUGAGCAGAGUUCUGAGUUCGGUUCUCAGACACGCGCGUGUGCGCACACACACACAGAAUUGAAAAUACAGGUCAUGUCAUUUACUUUGGAGAAGUUGACAAGUGAGGAGAAUGCAAAAACACUUAAUUAAUUUAGAAAGUUAGAAUACUUACCUUGGACAUUCCUACAUCUGUCAGUAGUAAAAGUAGACUGUGGUCUCAAAUUUGAAGCAAGUUAUCAGGCGAAAUGAUUUCUAAAAGAGGUCCUCACAUCAACUGAAUGCGGUGAGACAGAAUUGUAGGAGAAAGAAUAUAAAUCCCAAAGGGAAGACCUCAGAACUACUUCUUGACAGGGAUGGAUGACAGAAAUGUGGCCUUCAUCUAAUAGUAUAUUUUCAGACUCACAUACAGAUGUGCUUAAUCUUCAGCACAGAGCACAAUGUCCCAUGUAUCUCUUCCGUUAUCUACCUGUUCGGCCGAAUGGUGCUGCUGACAAAUGGUGCUAAUAUCUAGACGGUGGCCCAACAGAUAGAAACAUAAAGGAUUAGGGAGUGGCAUAAAUGGGUUAGUUGUAUGUGAAACUUCACAUAGAAAUCCUCUGUAAAUGUGGAAUGAUGUUGCUGGCCAAUGCUACUGCUUAGGUGUCCUAAACAGCAUUUUUAUUAUAUGCUUUUUAUUUUUUUUCAAACCAUCAUCAUACAUUAGUCUGAUAAAUUCUUGUGGAAAAUAAAAACACUGGUCUUGAGAUGAAAUUAAGGUGGACAUGAAAGAGUGGGAAAGUGGAAAUGUUUGCCUAAGUCAGUUUUAUUUCUAGAUUAUAACACAUUCUUAUAUUUUCUCUUUUUCAAUAUAAACAGUGCUGGCUGAUGACAAUCUCUAGUGAAAAAGCAGUUUUAGGGGGAGCACAGUUAAAUGGUUAAUGGCAUGAAUUGAGGAGAAUCUCAUUUUUUCUAAUGAGGCAAUUUGCAAAGGUUGUUUCUGACGUAUUGUGGAGGCCUUCAGAGGGAUGAAUUUAGUAAGCCAGAUUGAUUUAACCUGAGACUGUACCAGCACUGAGUGAAACAAGUUAUCAGAGACCUGCAUAUAACCAGGCAUGAAAAACUCAGGAACAAACCAGGAUUCCUAUUGACCUCAACAAUCUAAACUCAGCUUUGUUUCCCAAUGUAUGAAAGAAACAUGUCAUUUAUGGCCAAUGUGACAGAGAAGAUGGUAAGCUCAUGGGGGAAUCUGGUCAAAUGUUGUAUGCUAUCAAGUUACUCAAGGGCCUAAUCAUGCGUUAUGGACAUUCACUUCCUGUACUGAAGUUAUGCCGUGAGAUGCUUGUGUAGGCAUUCAUCAGUGGUGCUUUCUAUAAGAGUCACCUGGCAACCACUCAGCAAUGGGUCAUCAGAGUUUCUGCAAAUCCUGCUACCUGCAGUACUAGCAGGAGAUUCUGAAGGCAACAGCUUGGAUAGUGUCUUCAUUUCUUUGAUGUUCAUGAGGCAGAAUUCUUGGGUUACUUCAUCCAGAUCCUCCUCCUUCCCACCUUGCAGGGGGAAGUGAAAAAUAUAGUAAGAGACACUGGAUAUACAUCUAUCAUGAACCAGAGAGGGCCACUACAGGGCCUGGUGCUUAAAUAUGUCGAGGCUCUAAAGCCAGGUUUGGUUUACAUUACCUUUCACAGUGAUAGUGUUAGCUCUUUUCUAAAAAGUAGUGGGUUCAUUUAAUUCUUGAACAUCAAAACAUAAUUACAAAUACAACAGUAUGACAAAAUAAUAUUCUAAGAAACUUAAUAGUGAAUACUUUUUAAAAUUAGAAAAUUACUUUGUGGUACACAGAAUUGCCUCCUUGUGUAGGAACACUUUGUUUUGUGUUGGGUUUUCUUAAGCAAGAGCAGGGUUCCAUCCAAUCUCCUAAAACACCCAACCAUCCACCACCAUGUGAUGUUUUCAGAGAUCCCAUGGGUGUUGUGAGCAACCUUUAUCAAUGAUCUGAGACACAGUUUGAGGGAUUAUAUUAUUGCAGACCAUAAUUUCCCAUUUAACUAAAAUCCUCUAAACUCUGAAAAUUAUACAUUGCUACCCCAGAGAAUACAGGGCUUUUUUCUUUCUGAAUUUAAGAUGAAGCUCUGGGACAGCGUAUCUGGUGCUCAGUCCACAGUGAUUAACUUUCUAAGGAGUGUUUAGAGAUAUAAACUUCCUGGUGCUACAUCUUAGCCAACAUACUUAAUGCUAAUCAUUGUUUAUAUUGCUACUUUGUGUAUUGUUAUUAUUUUAAGUUAUAUCAUUAAAAAUAAUAUGAUGGAAAAAGUAUAUUUCUACCUAUUAUUGCUCCCUGAAGUGGUUGUAUGACACACAAGGCCCAACCUACUUCCUUUCUAUUUCUCUGUGCUACUUCACUAGCCCUCCUGCUCCAGUGUCUUUAAGGGGUAUGCUGGUGGGUACUCCAUUACUUAAAGCCAUUCUGUAAUAAUAGCCUGCCUUUUGUGGCACCAAUAA